ACAGGCUGGGGCCCGGUCGCUGCGCUGGCUACCAGGGGCACAUCGACAGAGCGGGCAAGGAGAGGCCCUGGCCAGGAAGAGCAGCGAGAGCUGUGGGGCAGAACCAGGUGAAUUCGAGCAGCUUGGGGCUCCUGCACCUGGAGUUGUGGGGAGCUACAGACCAGGCCUCCAGGGUAUCGACUUGCCCGAUGGGAAGCACAGGACUGAAAUACUGGGGCGGGGGGGGAGGGGAAUCUGUGGGUCAGGGCUGACCAGCCAUGGGCACCUCUGUCUGGGCCAGCAGAGCUGCAGGUUGCUGGGCCCCCUGACCCCUGAGCCAUGGCAAGCAGCAGCGGUGGCUGGGGUGCUCCCAAGUCCCACAAGCCCAAUGGGAAACCGCAGCAGCUCAAAUACUCAGGUGUCCUCAAGAAAAAGGAUUCGGAAGUUUAUGUCAGAAACGUCCUGCCUGAGAUGAUGGAGGAGGACAUAUUGCUCCUGCUCAGGGACUUCCACCCGCAGCACGUUAAAAGGUGCCAUUCCGUGCUGAGAAGCUAUGCCUUUGUAGAUCUCGGCUCCUCUGAGCAGGUGCAGGCCGCAAUCCAGCGCUUCAACGGGCACCUCGUGAACGGACGUCGCCUGUUUCUGAGCCGCACGGUUGCAGACAAUGGGAGGAAGGACCCGGCUGAGACCCAGAGCACCGUGGAAAUGCCCGCGUUGGAGAGAGUCCCCAGGGGAGAGCUUGGUCUGAGCCAUGCAAAGGCAGAGACCCAAACCCUGCAGCCGGCACCUCCCGAUGCAGUGAGGCAGCUCUGUUAUGCAGUUCCCAUGGAAAUGAGGGGUUCCUUCUUGGCACUCAUGCUAAAAGACUGCUUUCAGGAUCUGAACUGGUUGGUGUCGAUUGCAAAGCUGCAUGGAGAGGCGGGGCUGCUGGUGACGGAUGCUCUGCCACAGACCCCGUACUUCUGGGCCAUACACCUCACAGAGGAAAGUCACUCGAACAUGCACAAGCUAUUCUGCCAGCUGGUGGAAGAGGAAUCCAAGCAGCCCUACCUGACAAGGCAGGCGGUGCAGCGAGGGACCCGCUGCAUGGCAGAGUGCAUUCUGGGGGAGGACGGCGCAGCAUGGAACAGGUGCUGGGUCUUGGAGAAAGUGGAAGAUCUUGCAGUGGUUCUCUUUGUUGACUUUGGCCGUUCGGCCACUGUUCCUCUGAACUCACUGCGGAAGCUGGAUGAAGACGAUUUCUGGGACAUAAAACCGCUGGCCCAGCCCUUCAUGUUCCAGAAAGGGAUUGUCUCUGCAAGACCCAUGGUCCGGCAAAUCCUGCAAGGGAAGGUGGUCGGCCCGUCUCACCUGGAGAGGAGAAAGAGGAAGCCGAGGACCCAUGUGAGCUCUGAGCUGAAAGUCCCCUGCCCCUUGCUGCCCAAAGCAGGAGUGGGGCAGAGAACUGCUGGACCUUGGAAAAGUUAUCUUCAGCCUGAAGCAGCCUUAUUAACUGGCUACAGUGUUGUGAUUGUGAGGAGGGGGCGUCUCUUAUUUCUCCAGGUUUAGUGAUGUCCCCAGUUAGCUUCAAGGGGAAGUUGCCUAGUUUUGAUUUUUCUGUAAAAUUGUGAGGGGGCUGGUGAACUGUCCCUCUGGUGCCUGACUAUUAAAUGGACCCUGGAAAGGCCUGCUAAGUCCCGCUAAUGCUGCCUCCACUAGGUGUAGGUCUGCCCAGAGUGCCUGGCUGCUGGACAAAUCCCCAUUAGACCACAUAUGCCCUGGCAGCUUGAAGGGCCCGCGGGAGGGUUGUUCCCUCAGCGUUGUUAGGACAAGGCCUUGCAGCCCUUUCUUCAGCAGGACUAGAGACUUCAGCCUCCGCCUGCUGUCAGGGCUUGUAACCAGGAGCCAGCUCUGCCUGUUGUCAGAACAGCAGGGGCCUGGGGCAGGCUGUGCCUGCAGGCUCGUUUGGGUAAAGCAUCGUACAAAUCCCCAAUUUCUGUUACUCUCACAAACCACGGACAGGGGCCAAAUGCUCAGUUCUGAAGAGUGACUAAACUGCUGAGGGCAGAGGUUGGUUUAUUUUUGAAGGGGGGGAAGAAACUAACAGGGCUGCGGAUAACUGAGGUCUACCACUAGUGUUUGGUUUUGGGGCUUGGUCGCUAAGUGGCUCAGAAGAAAGUUGGUCUGGUCCUUUGGGUGAAAGGACGAAGCUAGCUUAAAGUAAAUGGCUCAGGUUCCCACCUGGCUCGCAGGUUUAGAUCAGAAAUUGUCAAGCUUAAUUUGACAAGUGAAAGUCAGUGGGCAGGUCUGGCAGUU